AUGUCAGCGGCCGUGUCUCCCUAUGGCCGUCAUGCGGUCAGCCCUUUCGUUGCCGUCGAUGCUGCAAUUACCGGGGACCAGGCAGAUGGUUCUGAGUGGGUCAAACUCGGCCUCGACAGCCUGGAUGAAGGGGUGGCGGGAUAUUCGCGACUCAAUGGCGGAGAUGACUACCAGAGAAGCCAACAGCAAGGCGCGGGAGUAUCUUCCGGUUUCUGGACCAUAGCAAGCGCGAUAGCUGAUUCAUCGGCCGAGCAUGGCGUCGGUAGGCGAAGGAGAGCCCUUCCUCUAUUACGCUUACUCGUACUCCUACCUCAUCUUGGAGCCGUCGGUGAAAACCCGCACUUGAUUGUUAUACCAUCAGUCGGUUGUAUUUGGCUCGGACUUCACAACCAGCAGCGGUCCACCGUUCUGCAGACAGAUUUGUAUCCAGGUUGGGUCCGCGGACGUGCCAGUUCCGGCCACGAACUCGGUGUAAACGGACGUUCGGUGGCAGAUCCAUGUCUGUGCAUUCCCGAUGGAUCUCGUUGGCUGUCUGUAGAAGGAAGCAGUCCUUACCGCUCCAACCAGAAGGAUCGGCCUCUCUGUUGCAAAGUGGUUCCGCACGAUUGGAUUAUUCCAGACGUCAACACAGAAUUUCUGGAACGUAACUCUUGCCCGGAAGCAUUGAAGCAGGUGAAGGAAACUGAUCUGGUUAUUUGGGUGGAUCCACUGGACGGAACGGGCGAGUAUACGGAGGGUUUUCUGGAAGGAGUUAUGGUGCUCAUUGGCAUAGCGGUCAAUGAUCGAGCCGUGGGAGGUGUAAUUCAUCAGCCCUAUUUUAAGGCCGAUACGGGUGAGCUGGGUCGGACAAUUUGGGGAGUACAAGGAAUUGGUACCGGUAGAUUUACACCUAAACGCCCUCCAACCGAUCGGUUCAUAGUGACCACAACUAGAUCCCAUUCCACUGCAGUAGUUCAAGCUGCUUUAGAUGCUUUAUCGCCGGACGGUAUUCUUAAAGUGGGUGGAGCUGGGUAUAAAGUGUUACAGCUCCUGGAAGGAAAUGCUCAUGCACAUGUUUUCGCGAGUGCUGGUUGCAAAAAGUGGGAUACCUGCGCUCCGGAGGCAGUACUCGAGGCUCAAGGUGGAACGUUGACAGACAUUCUGGGAAGGCAUUAUCGCUACGGGAAGGAUGUACGAUUUCCGAAUGCUUGUGGCGUACUAGGAUCUGCCAGUGGCAUUGCUCACAAAGACAUACUAGCCAAGUUGCCGGACAGUGUGAAACAAGCGAUGAACAAAACAGAAUAGAUGACUUGUUCUAAUAAAGGUUCUAGUACAAUUAACCGUUCUAAAACACCUACAUUUAUUGACACCAUUAAAAAGAUACCAGUUCCGGAAUCCCAUAACAAAUUGGCAAUUAUUUACAGUUUAGAUUUAGGUUUCUGAAGCAGCGCCCUAAGGUCUCCUUAGA